AUGUCUGCUUUUCAAAAAAGACCGCUGAUUCGAAAAAUCAGAAAUUCAAAUGAAGUGCAGCAAAAACUGAAACAACUUGACCUUCACACGUUUAAACCAAAGUCGCUACAUUAUUCAAAGUUCAAUGAGCUUGACCUGUAUGAAAAUCUGCCAUUUCUUUCAAAAAAUAGAAGCUUCAUAAAUACAUAUACUCUAAUUAGAUCAAAUAAGAUAAGUCUAUCAAAAUGGUUGAACCAGAUAUCACAUUCAACAAAUUUGACAAAAAUUAUUAAUUUAACUGAACAAUUUACACAUUUGAUAUUGGAUUUAGCUUAUGAAAGAAUUAAACUUAUACUUCUAUAUGAAUUCAGGCGUACACUAAAAAAUGUAUUUGAUGUGGAAUCAUUAAAUGAAAAAUACUUUUCUAAAUCCACUAUUUCCAAGGAGUUAUGGGGAAAUUUAGUUUAUAAUAAACUUUAUGCCGAGUAUAUUUUUGAUGAAUUGGAUGUACCUGUUUCACCAAUGAAACCUGAAUUAAUACAAUCGGUUUUCAAUGAGAUUGAUUACAACGGAGACGGAAUUUUCACACCUUCAGAAUUGGAAAUAUUUUUACAAUUUCAUGAAAUAAUGCUUUAAAUGUUAAUUCACUUUUUAACAAACCGGUGUGCAAUUUAAACAGAGAAAAGAAGAGAGGAAAUUAUUAUUUAUUUAUUAUUAUUAUUAUUUAUUUAAAAUGUUAUGUAAACAAAAAUAACAAACAAAUCGCCUAUUUCACUUGACAAUUCUAUGUAUUAAUUACGUUUGUUUUUGCUUAUACCGAGACUUUCGUUCCAGUAAACUUAACAAGCUUUAACACUAACUAUACUACUGAUUAAUGCUAUCAGAAAUACUAUUGUCGUUGUUGCUGAAUCAUUGACCUUUAUCACCAUGUACUUUUUUAACCCUGCUUAAUUGUGAAUUUAUUAUUUCGUCAAAUAAACUCG